AUGUUGUCUGCCAAAAAUACCAACUCACAGCAGCAAGAUGGUGGAAAUCAAGCCAAGGGCUCGUCCGGCGCUGAGAACCUUCCGUCCAUCUCCCUACCACAAGGUGGUGGGUCAAUUGGAGGCAUGGGAGAAAGGUUCCAAGUGAAUGGAGCGAGCGGCACUGGAUCUCUGUCGAUUCCCAUCUCGAUAUCACCGAGUCGCGAUAGCUCUGGCCCUACUUUUAGCCUCAAUUACGACUCUGGUAGUGGAAAUGGCGCAUUUGGGCUCGGCUGGAGCACAUCUGUUCCCAGUAUUACUCGAAAAACUUCACAGGGUCUCCCAAAGUAUCUGGAUGAAGAGGAAUCAGACGUGUUCCUUCUGAAUGGUGCGGAAGACCUGGUCCCACUACUGAGGACUAGAGAGAAUGGAGACCUGAUAUACGACAAGAUGACGGGCGAUCCUAUCGUGUACUUGGAAGAGCGCGACGGCUUCGCCAUUCAAAGAUACGCCCUUCGCGUGGAAUCCUCUUUCACUCGUAUUGAGCGAUGGACAAAAGUGAUCGCACCAGAAGUUGGGCAGAUCCAUUGGAGGACUAUCGGGCCAAACAACACCACCAGCAUCUUUGGGCAGAAUGAGAAUUCGCGGGUGGAGAGUUUCCAUGUCAAGGAUGGUGAGCCAAAACGACGUAUUUUCAGCUGGCUGUUAGCAGAAACCUACGAUUCUAGAGGAAACGCGACCACGUAUGAGUACAAGGCUGAGGACUCUAUCGGUGUAUCUGAAAUUGAACUGAGCGAGCGCGGCCGAACGGAGCAGGGCCGGACAACCAAUAGAUAUUUGAAGUAUAUCCGAUAUGGAAAUCGUAUUCCAAAUCGAGACUCAAAUUGGAAUGCGUUCUCUGCAUUUCAACUAAGCAAGCUAGACUGGCUAUUCAUUGUCGCAUUCGAUUACGGAGAACACGACAGGGAACGGCCUAGUCUGGAAGAAGAGGCACCAUGGUAUUGUCGAAAAGAUCCAUUUUCAACAUACCGGUCUGGGUUUGAAAUACGUACAUACCGACUGUGCCAACGCAUCAUCAUGUUUCACUGCUUUUCAGAGCAUCUAGGCAAGAGGCACUAUCCCGUAGCUUCAACAAUUUUGUCCUACGAUGAGAACCUCACCGCGUCUUACUUGACAAGAGUCCAGCGCUUUGGCCACCUGUUGGAUCAGGAUGAUUGUCACAGCAAGGCGUUCCCUCCGCUUGAUUUUGAGUACUCUCGUUUUCCCACCAACGCCGAGCUGAGCAAGCUUAUGGUGAAAGAACUUGAUCCUCCUAGCUUAGCCAACAUCCCUGCAGGUAUCGAUAGUUCAGUAUAUCGAUGGACUGAUUUGGACGGGGAAGGUAUUCCAGGAGUGCUUAUAUCACAAAAUAACAGCUGGUUCUACAAACGAAACAUGGGAACUUGCAAAAGAAAUCCAGAAGCCGAGGAGUCCGAGAAGUCUCCAAUACUUGGAGCUCUAGAAACAAUUUACUCGGUACCAUUUGUUGCACCUUCGGACGAGGCAGCCAAUUUCACGGAUGUACAAGGUGACGGAAUCUUGGACUUGGUGUGGAUGGGAACCCCAACCUGGGGCUUUUUCAGCAGGAACACUGAUUCCGACGUCGGUUGGAACGGCUUUCAAAAUUUCCGAUCUGUGCCAAAGAUCUCUCCAAAUCAAACUUUCAAGAGUAUCGAUCUUACAGGGAACGGUCUUCCGGACAUUUUGAUGUUUGAAGAAAGCGACUUUCUGUGGUUCCCUUCCCUGGGUGAAUUCGGCUAUGGGCAUAGCUCGCGGACAACUCCUGACUUGGUUGAGAAUCUUCCCCAGCUCCUCUUUGCAGAUGCCAAGCAUUCCAUGUAUCUAGCAGACAUGUCAGGUGAUGGUUUGACGGAUAUCGUUCGGAUCCGGAAUGGAGAAGUCUGUUUCUGGCCCAAUAUUGGCUAUGGUCAAUUUAGCUCAAGAGUCGAGAUGGGCAAUGUCUCUUGGUUUGCAGACGAUGAUGCUUUCAAUCCAAAGAAUAUUCGUCUUAUCGACAUUGAUGGUUCUGGUACCACUGACAUCUUGUACGUGGGAUCCCAUGGAGUGGACAUGUACCUUAACCAAUCUGGCAACAGUCUAAGUGCUCGAAAGCGUCUGACCAUCUUUCCUUCAAUUGAUGCCAAUAGCAGUAUCGAUGCAGUCGAUCUCUUUGGAAAUGGGACUGGUUGCUUAGUAUGGUCCACAUCCCUACCUGGCAAUGCCAAUGCAUCGAUGAAGUAUGUCGACUUCACCAACGGCUCCAAGCCUCACCUACUGGUGCGCAAAAUCAACAAUUGCGGCUUAGAGAUAUCAAUUGACUAUGCGCCCUCUACCGAAUUUUAUCUCAAAGACAAGGAAAUGGGCCGAAAAUGGCUAACGCGCCUUCCUUUCCCCGUGCAUUGCGUGCAGAAAGUUGAAACAGUGGACCAUGUCAGUCGUGUUCGAUUCAUGCAACGCUACGCAUAUCACCACGGCUAUUACGAUGGCUACGAAAGAGAGUUUCGAGGUUUUGCAAUGGUUGAUGAAUGGGACACCGAAGAAAUAGACUUUGCAUCAUCAACUACAUCAGCAGACAACCUUGACCCUGCUUGGCGUCUUCCACCAACGCAUACGAAAUCUUGGUACCAUACGGGCUCGAUUCCCGCUAAAUCUAAGCCUCCACUGAAUUCUGAAUACUUUCAACUUGAGAAUUCUUUCUUAGGUCGCAAGAAUAAUCACACUGGCCCCAUUCUUGGUGAUUCCAUUCUUCCGGAGGUUGAGGAUUACAAUUCGAUCAGAGAAUGCUACCGAGCACUAAACGGAACGCUUCUCCGCCAGGAGGUUUAUGCAGAUGACAAAAGCUCGAAGGCGCAUAUUCCGUAUAUGAUCUCGGAAUUCAGUUCUGAGGUUCGGCUGAGACAGCCACUGGAUCUUCAUGGGCAUGCGCUGGCUGUUGUCAAUCCCCGGGAAAGUUUGAUCAUCAAUCUAGAGCGUAGCUUGGAUGAUCCCCGGCUGCGACACCGUAUGACCCUCCAGAUUGACCAAUGGGGAAAUGUACUGAAAAGUGUCGAUAUCUCUUACGGACGAAUCUCUAGCCCAUUAGUGGGACAUGACGCCGCGGUACAGGAAAGAACGCAUCUAACACUCAUCGAGAACGAUAUGACAAACCAUGUUGAUGAAAGUGACGAUUAUUUGCUUCCAAGUGUAUUCGAAACACAAUCGUUCGAAAUUCUUGGUUGGCAAAACAAUUCAAAAUGGUUCCAAUUUUCUCAGCUGCGGACCGAAAACUUUGCUGACUUCGAGGAAGUCCCUUUCGAGAACUGGAAAUGGGAUGCUGUGGGAAAACGAAAGCGACUCUUGAACAGAUCACGUAUUCAAUACCGAAGCAAUGACUUGCGAAGGGUAUUGCCCCUAGGGUGUAUGGAAAGCUUGGCUCUUCCCGGGCAAACAUUUUCUUUGAGGCUCACACCUGGGCUUUUGAGUCUAUACAAUAGAGAAACACCUGAUGGUUCAAAUGGAGAGCUAAUUCCAGAUCUUUGUGACACGCUUGCAACCAAGGGGAGAUUUGUGGAUCUAGAUUCUGACGGGAAUUGGUGGACUCAAUCAGCGACUACCUAUUUCUCCGCUGAAGACACAACUCCGGAGGAGGAGCUUUCAGUUGCCAAGACAAACUUUUGGCUCCCACUUCGAACCAUGGAUCCGUUUGGCAAUAGCCACACUGUCGAGUAUGACCAAUACAAUCUGCUUCCCAUUGAGACAGUCGACGCUCUCGGGAACAAAGUUCGAUGUUCUCAUGACUAUCGUGUCCUCUUUCCACACUCCAUCACUGAUCCCAAUGGUAACAUCUCCAAGCACGUUUUCGAUGAGUUGGGCUGUAUAACUGCCACUGCUGUGAUGGGUAAACCUGGGGAGGACGUUGGCGAUUCAUUGGAUGAUUUCAAGCUGGCCAGUGCAAACGAUCUUCAUCAAUUUUUCACGAAACCAGAAGACCAGAUUGCAAGGAAGCUGCUUGGAAAUGCUACCACACGAACACUCUACAAUAUCUUGCAAUACUGGCUUGAACCGGAUCCCGCCCAGAAACUGCCUAUAGUAAACGCAACGAUAUCGCGAGUCACACAUGCGAGCCACAGUAUCCCCGAGGCUGUCAAAAUGCAAAUCAGUUUCGCUUACCAUGAUGGAUUCGGUCGCGUAUUACAGGUCAAGGCACAAUCAGACUCCGCCAAAACAAUGGAUGAAGUCUGGUUGACAAGCGGAUGGAGUAUUCUUAAUAACAAAGGAGGUCCAGUGAAACAAUACGAACCAUACCUUGACAGCACCCAUAAUUUCAUUUUUGGCAACGAGGUUGGCGUUUCUUCCACCACAGUUUACGAUCCACUUGGCCGUUCGAUUGCCGUUCUCUAUCCCGAUCAUACUUUCAGCAAGACCAAUUUUGACAACUGGAUGACUAAAACGUACGAUGCCAACGACACGGUGUUGAUGAAUCCUAAAAAAGACUCAGACAUCGGACAUUUUCUUCGGCUGUUGCCAGAUUCAGAAUGCCUUCCGACGUGGUACGAGAAACGUAUAGAUGGUAGCAUGGGCCGACCAGAACAGCUUGCAGCCAUACAAUCUGCCUCGCACGCUGAUACACCAUCGGUCUCCCACUUAGACUCUCUCUCCAUGGACUUCCUUGCUAUUGAUGACAAUGGAGCUGAGGGUCUAUACGAAACUCGCUCUGAGUGUGAUGGACAAGGGCUAGUAAGAAAAGUCGUAGAUCCAGAGGGCAGAAUCGUCGAGUGCUCCGACUACGACAUGUCUGCCACCAUCAUCCACAAAUCGAACAUGGAAUCAGCUGAAAGAUGGGUAUUGUUUGACACCUCUGGUGCAACCUUUUUGAGUUGGGACUCUCAGAUGCAUCGAGUCGAGAAUGUGUAUGAUGCUCUACGGCGGCCUGUCAAAUCGAUCUUGCAAGCCCCGGAACAUGACAGAUUGGUAGUAGAUUGUAUCGUGUAUGGAGAAAGUGUCUCAAACGCAGAGGAUCACAACCUCCGCGGUCGACCGAUCAAGAUAUGUGACCAGGCUGGUGUCGUUUUCCAAGACGAAUAUGAUUUCAAGGGGAAUCUGGUGUGCUCAAAACGGCAAGUCGCAAAUGACUACAAGAACUACCUAGACUGGGACAGUGAUGUUGCUUUAGAACCGGCGGUGUUCGUAUCAACGACUUCUUUCGACGCCCUAAAUCGUCCUGUCAAGAUAGUGAUGCCAGACAACUCCAAGCUGUGGCAUCAUUACAACAAAACUGGCUUGCUGCAGUCAGUGACUGCUCAAGUCAAAGGGGAGGGGGAAAUUGUUACCUUCGUCCGCAAUAUAGAGUACAAUGCCAAAGGGCAGGAGGUUUGCAUUGAAUUCGGCAACAACACAAAGACUACCAGAUCUUACGACCCGUUGACUUUCCAACUGACCAAAUUGGUAACCCAUCGAAGUUCAAGAUCAUUCCCGGGUGAUUGUACAGAAUCUUCCAAACCAUCAUGGCCAGGCUCCAAUCUUCAGAACUUACACUACACACAUGACGCUACUGGGAACAUAACCUAUUUGAAGGAUGAUUCUCAACAGACCAUCUUCUACCAAAACAAGCGUGUGGAGCCAAGCACCGAGUAUACGUAUGAUGCUCUUUCCAGACUUGUCAAAGCUUCUAGUCGUGAACACCAAAGUUCGUCGGACUUUGGAGGAAUUUCCAAAUACGUCCAGCAUCCACAAGAUGGUCGAGCGAUGAACCGAUAUGUGGAGACGUAUCGUUAUGACAAAACUGGAAAUAUUCAAACGAUGCGCCAUGAAGGAAGCGGCGAGAAUCAGUCAUGGACAAGACGCUACGAGUACGCAGAACGAAGCUUACUGCAGCCAGAAAAGUGCAACAACCGUCUCUCAUACACGUCCACCGGCUCUGUAACGCAGGAAUAUAAAUACGAAGGGCUCGCUGGACUUCAAGGAAAUGCUACAGCUGUCCCUGGUCUCCCAGUCAUGAAGUGGGAUUACCAAAAUCAGCUUCGCAUGACGGCCAGACAGAAGGUUAGCAGGGAAGAUGGGACGCCAGAAACUACAUGGUACGUGUACGACUCUUCCGGUCAACGAGUCCGCAAAGUCGCAGAACGACACGCCGGUCCAGGUGAGGAGCCAACCAAGCUUAAGGAACGUCUCUACGUUGGAACUGAAAUCUUUCGACGUUUCAAUGGUUGUGAAGAAGUCACUCUGGAGCGAGAAACAUUGCAUAUCGGCUCGAACGCUCUAGUCGAGACAAGGACUAUCGGUGAAGAAGCACAUACACCUCGCCAGCUCGUCCGAUACCAGAUUCCGACCACCCUGUCUUCUGUUUCUCUUGAACUGGAUGAUCAAGCACGCAUUUUGACAUAUGAGGAGUACACUCCUUACGGAAGCACCUCGUAUAGUGCAGCUCAAUCUAGUCUGGAAGCUCCCAAGCGGUAUCGAUACACAAGCAAAGAACGUGAUGAAGAAAACGGGCUGUAUUACUAUGGAGCUCGCUACUAUUCUCCUGAUGUGGCCCGAUGGAUCAACUGCGAUCCGGCAGGUCUGGAAGAUGGCUUGGAUGUCUACGUCUACGUUGGAUGCAAUCCGAUAAACUUCAACGAUCCAGAUGGACUGAGUGGCACACCAGAAGAUAUCAAGAAGAAACUGAAGGAACCGAAACCUAAGGGUAAAGUGGUGAGAAGCGCGAACAUGAUAAUCAAUCAUUUCACGAGGCUUCCUCCGGGUAGUUUCUUAGGUGCUGAAGGUCGUCCUAUCUCUUCCAGCAGCUCCUCUUCCAGUAGUUCUUCUAGUAGUUCUUUCACAAGCAGCAGCUCCAAUACCUCUGUCACUGCACCACUUGCCAGCUCAAGCGCUGUGCAGCCGUUCCACUCCUCCGCGUCCUCACCAGCAACCACACCCUAUAGCUAUAGCGCGCAAAGUUCUUCUGGUUUGACCAGCUCCAGCAGCUCCAGCAACUGGGGUAAUUGGGGUAGCGCCAGUAGCUCCAGUAGCAGCUCAAGCUCAUCUUCGUCAUCAUCAAGAGGUUAUGAUUUGAACGCACGCAUCACGCAAGCUUCGAACAUGAAUGCUACGCGACUUGCCAUGGCAACAGCAAAUCCACCAGGAAAAAGUCCAGACCAGAGUCACAGAGUUCCUUUGGCAUUCAAGGUGCUGACGGACGAAAUCGACCGGAACUUGGAGGAUAGAUCACUAGUAAUCGGGAUCAACUCGUAUCACAACUUAAGAGAUAUGUCUAGUGACAGACAUAGCUGGCUAACUUACCAGGGAUAUGAUGUGAUCUGGGAAGCUUUCAUUCGGAACGACGGAGACCUAGCUUAUCAUCUCAACGAGGGAGAUGCAUUAUCGGCCAGGAACAGGAUUAUGGCUUUCUUGAACCACCUUGAAGGCAGGCUACAGAUUACUGACAGCAUUUCUCUCAUAAAGUAUCAAUACGAGGACGAGCGAGUUGCAGCUUAUGAGAAGAUUUAUGCUUACAGAUUGGACAACUCUAAACCGAAACCAGCCGAAAACGAUGAGGCGAUCAGGAUCAAGGGAGACCGGUGGGCUCUUGGCGUAGAAAAGGCAGCGCAAUUGCGAGAGGGUAUCCGAAUUAAGCAUGAAUUGAGCAUAAUACACGACGUCGAAAUGCACUAG